CCCCAUGGCGUGACUCGGACUUUGAGAGAAGCUGAAAUGAAAGCGGGCCAGGCAUUGAAAGGCUGGCCAAAAUGUCUCGAUUGGGUUCUGCGAAUGUCUCAGUCACCAACCCAACCGCUAUGAGUCCAACACCUGUUGUGUGUUCAUGGUUUUGCCCGAGUCAUUUUUUUUGCGCUUCCAUGACCACAAAAUUUCAGCACAGAACGACAAGAAACAAGUGAUGACAAUGUUGUUGUGACCGCCAACGUCUUGCGCUCUCAGGUGCAUGAUUCAUCACGCCAGCUCCCCUCAACAAUCCUCACCGGAAGACCUGAACCCAUCCUGUUAGGCUGUUGCUCAGGCACCGCCGGUGCAACUCACUCACCUCGGCUCACGAUCAGUCAAAAUGCUCGUCGCACUGCCAACCCGGCGCGUGCUGAUGAGCCUGGCCAUCACCACCGUCGCAAGCCUUCUCAUUCUUGGGGUGGUGUUGCCUUCGUCUCGGAUCACCCUCCGCGACCUGGUCACCCAAAAGUUAACGCCGGCGGCUCCGACUCCCCCAACGCCACCAACACCAAAAGUCGAGAAACCACCGCCACCGCCGCCGCCGCCAAAAACGAAAUCAAAAUACAAACCCACCCCAACCUACCUCCCGCCCCCGAUCAAGGACAACUUCCCCCUCCUCGCUACCUCGACCUCCCUCCCCCCAGUCCCCAAAUGGAACCAACCGCGCGAAAACGCCUACAAGGACUAUGACCUCCCCCUCCCGCCCCCCCUGCUCAUCGGCUUCACCCGCAACUGGCCCAUCCUCCUCCAAGCCGUCGUCAGCUACAUCACCGCGGGCUGGCCGCCCUCGCAGAUCUACGUCGUCGAAAACACCGGCGCGCAGCAAGCCAACACUCGCGGCCAGCUAACCCUCCAGAACCCACUCUUCCUCAACCACACAGCCCUCAAGACACUAGGGGUCAACAUCAUCCAAACCCCCACGCUCCUCAGCUUCGCGCAGCUGCAGAACUUCUUCCUCGCCGAGACCUACACCCGCGAGUGGCCCUACUUCUUCUGGAGCCACAUGGACGUGCUGGCGCUGUCGUUCGAGGCCGGGGAGGACGGCGUCACGCCGCCGUACGACCAGCCGGGGUACGGCUCGCUGUACGAGCUGGCGCUAGCGGCGCUGCAGGAUGCGAGGGAGGGGGCCGAGGCGGAGGGGGCCGAGGAGAGGAAGCGGAAGUGGGGGUUGAGAUUCUUUUCGUAUGACCACCUGACGCUGGUUAACCCGGCGGCGUAUGAGGAUGUCGGGGGGUGGGAUACGAUGAUUCCGUAUUAUCUGACGGAUUGUGAUAUGCUUGGGAGGUUGACGAUGCGGGGGUGGGGGAUUGAGGAUGUGUCGGUGGGGAUUAUCACGGAUGUUGCGUCGACGUUGGAGGAUCUGAGCGCGUUGUACCGUGUUGAGGGAGUGCCGGUUGGGUUUGUGGAUCCGAAUCCACCGCCGCCAAAAAAGGAGGAGGGGGACAAGAAAGGGGGGAAACCGAAAAGGGAUGCGCCAACGGAGGAUGGGGAGAAAAAUGAUGACCCGAAUCUGGCCAAGUGGGAUGCUCUAAGGGAAACAGCAGCCCAGAUGUACGAUCACAAAUAUGGCGACCGCGAGCGCAACACCUGGCAAGUGGCCCAGCACGGCGGUGAGGGUGAGCCGUUUUACUACCACCCGGCUGGCCUCGCUGAGGCACUCGACUUGAUCACCGAGACUGGGAGGGAGGUUUACCGGCGCAAAUGGGGGCAUCGGGAUUGUGACUUAUCAGACACCGACCGAAAGUUUGAUGAUGCGUGGAAGGUCGAGAAAGACUGGUAGACGACUAGACCGAUGAUAACGAUGGGUGCUAGCCUGCUAGGCGGACAUUUUUACUCGUUUUCACAAGCAAAUAUAAGAUCACUGCUAUAUUGCCGUUGCCUUCCACCUGAGUCACAUAUUACC